GUAAACUUGUCAAACUGUGGAUUUGAAGUUUUCCCAAUAACGCUUGAUUUUCUUGGUGCUUGCUUGACAACUCACCAUGCCUUGGGCAAUUGGCAUCUUACUUUUCACAAUGGCUGUGAUGACACUGGGCUCUUCUUUAAGGGCUGAUCCCGAUGUGUUUUCUGAAGCAGGUGCUGCUUAUGGAGCAGUCUCUGAAAACACAGUCCGAUUUGGCAAACUUUUAAUUGGUGGUCAUAGUGCAGUAUCUAAUAAUGAUGUGAAAACAUCUGAUGGGAGCCAGUCAAAUGAGGAAGUGCGGCUUCUCCCUGCUAAAGCUAAGCUGCAACGUCUGGGUUCUUCUGUGCAGUGUAGAAAUGAUUCAAUGGUCUUGCGCAUUCCAGGACCGAGAAUGCCACCCUUUCUGGUUGACCGAGGAGAGGAGUCACCAGUGCCUUUGUCGGAGCUGCCAGCCAGCUGUGGUUUCUCACUGAAGCGAGUACGCAGGGAUGUCUCUCUUGUUGCUCCAUACCGUGGUUGUCAUGUCAGACAACAGGAUUUUAGUUAUAUUCUGCCACUCAUUAUAAUGGGAGAACCAGUGCAAAUGUCUUGUCCUGUGAGUCCUCGCCUCCCUGCCGUGUCCUGCUUCUCCUCUGGGAUGAUGAUCACACUUGGGAUCAGAGCAGAUGAUGUUAAAGUUAAAGUGGAUGGAUCAUGGCAGCCUUUGCUUCUAACAUGCACUCGAUGCUCAUUCACAUUGGAGGCUACUGCUGGUUCGACGGUUGUCACUGCACCGUUCACAGGAAACUGUUGGGAAUUGACGGACACUGAAUGGCAACUCCCUUUGAUGUACGGUGACCGAGAGGUGACCCUUUCCUGUCCUCUGACACAGCCAACGAUAGCCCCAGCCACGCCUGCAGUCCGUGACCCAGACAUGCAACAGAUGUUUGCACCUUUCCCUUUUGGAAGACCUUGGUGGUAUCCUCCAUAUUAUCCUGGUGUACCAGGUGCUACCCUGCCUCCCACUGUGCCGACUACAACUACUCCCUUUCAAUAUCCUAUCCAGCAACACCUGUUCCCUCACAUGAAUCCCAGGCCAAUAUUUGAUCCAUACUUUUACCCUAAAGGUGGCCCAGCUCCUACCCCAGCACAACAACCUCAAUAUCCCUGGUACCCAAAGUUUCCUCCCAUGUAUGGCUUCCAAAGCCCAGUUGAAGUGACCACUCCUGCAACGACCACAACUACACCUGCCCCAUACCAGCCACAGCAGCAGUAUCAAGGUUAUCCAGUGUACUCCCCAUUAUAUGGUUAUCAACCCAUCAAGACUUUUGUGCCUCCUGUAGUGCAAUACCCUUUCAUGCCCCAGUAUCCUAAGGAUCCAAUCUUUGGUCACCGCAGCCCUUAAUCUUCUCCUGCAGCGUCAUUCUCAAGCUACGUAUCUCGUACACAACUGCUUAAACCGAUAAGUGCACUCUGAAGUGGCGUUGCUUUUGACAAUGAAUUCAAUCACGGUUUUUGUGUAUAAGCCUAAUAAAGCUGUGUGACUUCA